AUGACUUGGGUGGUGCUGGCGCCUAAGUUCGUUGGUGCGGAGGAAAUCAAAGACUUGCGACUUAUUAGUAUGGUGGGAUGUGUGUACAAGGUCAUCUCCAAGGUCCUAGUUAGGAGGAUGAGAUCAGUGAUGCCAGCGAUAGUAGGAGAGACUCAGAGUGCUUUUGUAAAGGGAAGAAAAAUACAUGAUGGGGCACUUAUCGCGUGUGAAACGGUAAACUGGCUCAAACUGAGGAAAAAGGAGGCAGCAAUAAUCAAGCUAGAUUUCCAAAAAGCCUAUAAUAGAGUCAAGUGGAGCUUUUUGGACUUUGUGCUACAAAAGAUGGGAUUCGGACAGAAAUGGAGAGUUUGGGUUAUGGAAUGUGUGACCACUGCUUCUUUGUCGAUUCUGAUAAAUGGGUCGCCUUCUAAGUUGUUCAAAAUGGAAAGAGGAUUGAGACAAGGUGACCCCUUUUUCACCCUUCUUGUUUGUUCUGGUUGUGGAUGUCCUGCAUCGAAUGAUUGGAGAGGCAAAGAGGAGACUAUUAAGAAUUACAAGCGGAUGCUGAGAUACUUUGAGUUGAUGUCAGGGCUUAGUAUCAAUUUUGAUAAGUCCAGCUUGAUCCCAAUCAAUUGUGAUGAGCAGUGGGCUCGGCGUAUGUGCAACUUGUUGGGUUGCAAGGGGGCAACUCUUCCAGUCAAAUACCUUGGAAUCUCCUUAGGUGCAAAUCCGAGGUUGGUGAAGACCUGGAAGCCUAUAAUAGACAAAGUGGAGGAGAAACUCAGUUUGUGGAAAGCUAAGCUGUUAAAUAAAGCUGAAAAAUUGAGGAGAUUCCUGUGGUGCAAGGAAGAUGGUCGAAAUGGUAUGGCAGUAGUAUGGUGGGAAAUGGUGCAGGCUUCGAAGAAGCUAGGUGGUUUGGAAGUUGGGGAUGCUUUGAUUCGAAACACUGCUCUGUUGUUUAAGUGGUGGUGGCGGUUUGCAAAGGAAGAGUGUCCGCUGUGGAAGAAGGUAGUGUGUUCUUGUCAUAAUUUGAACCCAAAUGAGUUAUUAUCAACUCAAGUACUACCUUCUAAAGGAAGCCCAUGGAAGGAUAUAUGCCAAGUACAUAUCACGAAUUCACAUAUUAGGGAAAAGAUGGUUAUAGACUUGUCAAUGAAGGUGGGUGAUGGGCAACGAACGCAUUUUUCGGAGGAUGUUUGGCUUCUUGGUGGAGCUUUAAAGGAUCAGUUUCCGAGGCUUUUCUCUGUUUCAAACCAAGGGGGAUCUGUUAUAGGGGACUGUGAUGCAGGAGGAAUCGCUCCCAGAGGAGGUGUGGAGUGCUUGGAUUUCAGCUUUUGGCCGACAAUGGUCUUGUCCGGGUUCGAUGAAAGAGCACUUUCUAAGUUGGACAGAAGAAUUGAGGAGUAA